AUGGAAGUAUGUCAUCAUUUAACUGUAUCUGUAUAUAUUUUCAUUAUUAUUUGUUUUUUUUUUUUUGCAGUCAUAUAUUGCCUGGUGGUGGAUAUUUCACAUGGGUGGAGAAAAUAUGCACUGCUCCCAACAGUGAUUCUCUUUUGUUUUAAUGCAUGGAACCCCGCAAGUCAAAUGAUUUAUACCGAGCAAGUUCACAAUAGACAACACAAUAGGAAACCGAAAAAAGGAAGAUGUGCUAGAUAUUCAUACAUAAAACUUAGAACAUACAAAUAUGAAAAAAAAAAAAAAACUCCGUCUAUAAGUACUUUACAUUUCCUGCCACUUUUUUUUUAUUUUUUUGGCAAUACAUAUUUUUUUUUUUUGAUAAUCGAAUUAGUGUUCAAAUAG